GACCUCGUGGCAAAUUUCUAACUUGGAGCUUCACAGAGCCUUUAUGCCCAUCUUUGAUUGCGUUUAUCUGACUUUGAGGUUGACAUUUGGGGGAAAUGAAUUUGCUUUCAUUUUGCUGAACCAUGCCUAAUUCUGUCCAGAUCGUAAAGAGCAAACAGAGUAUGGCUAGUACUUCAAUAGAGAUCUUUCCAUUCAAGGACCAAGAGCUCCCUGCACACCUUCUAUUUCAGUUGAACUUAUUAAGACAGGAGCAGAUCUUCACUGAUGUUAUCUUGUGCACUGAAGACAAGGAGAUCCCCUGCCACAGGAACGUCUUGGUGUCCAGCAGCCCGUACUUCCGAGCAAUGUUCUGCAGCAAUUUUCGGGAAAGCAGCCAGACUAGAGUUGACCUUAAAGGCAUUGCAUCAGAAGUCAUUGAAUGUAUUGUGGAUUACAUUUAUACUGGAACCAUCACCAUUAGCAUGGAGCUUGUACUACCCCUGAUGCAGGCUGCCUCUAUGCUGCAAUACGGAAGGCUUUUCGAGGCCUGUUCUACUUUCCUACAGGAGCAGCUCAAUCCAGAAAAUUGCCUGAGCAUGAUCCGCCUCUCGGAGAUCCUCCACUGUGAAAGCCUAAAGGAGCGAGCAAAAGAGAUGGCUGUGCGCUGCUUCUCGGAUGUAGCUGCUUCAGAGGACUUCUGUGAACUCUCACUUCCUGAGUUAAUGUGCUACCUGGAGGACGACCGGCUGUGUGCAGAAGAAGAGCAGGUAUUUGAGACUCUACUGGCUUGGAUCCACCACGACCCCUUUUCACGUCGUGGUGCCAUUCAUGACCUCUUUAAGAAGGUCCGGUUGCGGUACAUCCAUCCAACAUACCUCUUCCAGUUCAUCGCCAACGAUCCCCUUGUCCAAUCGUCAACAUUAUGCACUGAGAUCAUUGAGUCUGUGCGGCGUCUUAUGUUUUCUGUUAGUGCAAAAUGCACUCGUGAGUUGAAGCCCCUUUGGACCACACCACGUCGCUACACAUGCCGCGAGACUCUAGUGGUGGUUGGAGGCCGCAAAAACAAUGAACAGACAUCUCGAGAGGCACUGCUAUAUGAUGAGCGGACACAACGAUGGCAGUGGCUCGCUAAACUGCCUUUAAGAUUAUACAAGGCGGCCUAUGUUUGUAUUCACAGCAUACUGUAUGUAGUUGGAGGCCUUAGCCUAAGCCUAGUAUCUGGAGAAAGUGCAGUCAGCGCCACAGUGUACACCCUCUCAUUAAAGACCAACCAGUGGAGGACCGCUGAGCCCAUGCAGGAGCCACGUUAUGCCCAUCAGAGCGUCUCCUACCUUCACUUCAUCUUCGCUUUGGGAGGAAUAGGGGCAGACAAACAGAUCUCAAAUACAGUGGAACGCUACAACAGCAUGUUCAAUCAGUGGGAGGCCAUGGCGCCGAUGCCCACAGCAGUACUACACCCUGCAGUCGCUGCCAACGACCAGAGGAUUUACGUGUUUGGAGGAGAGGAUGCCUUGCAGAAUCCAGUCAGACUUAUUCAGGUUUAUCACAUCUCCCGGAACUUGUGGUCUAGACUGGAGACCAGGACGGUGAAGAAUGUCUGUGCACCUGCUGCGGUCAUAGAAGACAAGAUUUAUAUUGUUGGAGGAUACACAAGAAGAGUAAUUGCAUAUGACACCAAAGCCAAUACAUUUGUAAAGUGUGCAAAUAUGAAGGAGAGGAGAAUGCACCAUGCGGCUACAGUCAUCAAUAACAAACUCUAUGUAACUGGAGGCCGCUUUCUCAACAGCCAUGAUGUCAUAGAGGACUCAGACUGCUUUGAGUGCUAUGACCCUAAAACAGACGUAUGGACUUCUAAUGGCUCAUUACCGUACAAGCUGUUUGAUCACGGUUCCCUAUCUCUGAUCUGUGUCUCCAACCGCCCCAACCCACCAUGAGGGUGCAGCACCUCUGCUGGGGCGUCCUGUUUGCUCCCCUGCUCAUUAAGGGAAAUGAGAUGGGGCCACAGCUGAGACUGGCAACAAUUUGAAGAAGGUUGCUUUCGUUUGUGGGCUGAGUAAAUCUCAGCUGUGGCUUUGAUGGUAUGCUGCUGGUGCUUGCCAGCAUCUGUGCCAUCUUAAAUCAAAAGAGAUUUGAGCUGGCAAUUGGAAGUGUCACAGUGGACCUCAGGGAGUGAGCCAAGGACCAGCAGACUUACGCAAUGCACAGCUGUUCCUGCAGAACCGUGUCACAAAAAUCUUCAGACAGAUGUCUUAACACACUCUCAGAAUGGCUUGAGCAGCCAAAUUAUUCGUCAAUCGAGCCUUGUUAACCUGAGUUUAAUUGGAAUCCAAGAGAUGUGAAAAUUAUUUAAGCCGGUGUAAAUAUAAAAUCACAGGGACAUAAGCGUUUGGUGAAGUAAUUGGUCAAGUGAAGGGAACAGACCUCAGAGCUGUGGUCAGUUCUUACUAAUAAAUGAAGGCCAAAAAACAAAACUAAUAGAUCAUAAUAUGAGUACCUACUCUGAAUGCUUGAUGUACCGUGCAUUUUCUCUUUUUGGCAAAAUAGCAUUGCUGUUGAAAUAUGUAAUUAUGAUUUCUAAAGGAACCGUAAGUGCUUAUUAGCAAUGAUUUGUUUGCUUGCAUUAUGUUGAUCUCUAUGCCCAGUGCCUAAGGUUUGAAGAGGUUGUGUUGUCUGAAAACUCCAUUAACUAAUAAAAGAUAGGGGCUUGAAGAGCCCUGACAUCACUUAAGAUAAAUAGAAAGAGGGCCAGUGGAUUCUAAGUAGGAAGUUCUAUGAAGAUGUCUAUUAGAUCCUCCUAUGUAAUGCUGCUUGAGAAAUGUCUGGUGACCUUAGCUUUGAUUAUUAAAAACUAGCUAUAUCAGAAAUGUUGCUUUUUCUUUUGCAUUGGUCUAUGGAAAAUAAAGGUUGAA